AUGGCGUUGGAUUCCCGCUUCUACCACCAUCUCGGCCACGGCACUGGGCCUGGCUCUCUAAUCUCCUCGUCGUCGUGCGGUGCUUCCGCCAGCACAGGCAUUACCACUCCCUCCACCAUGUCGACCUCUGCCUCCGCCGCUGCUCUGCGUUCCUCAGCUUCGACUCCCUCCCUUCGCGCCAGAGAAGGCGUCGCUGUCUCCAAUAGACUCGCCGAUGGCGUUUCAAGUCCUUCCCCCGGUGGUAACGUUCGCGUCGUGGUUCGUGUGAGGAAGUUCUUACCUAGAGAAACCGACCGCAAUGCCGAAUGCUUGAUAUCGAUGGAUCCAAACACACAGAUGACCAAGCUGAGAGCGCCCGCAAUUCACCCCGAUGAUGAAGGAAAACCAAAGUCUCAGGCUCGCGGCAAGAUCCUGGAGGACAAGGCGUUUGUAUUCGACAACUCGUUCUGGUCCCACGAUGUUAAUGAUGACCACUACGCCCACCAGGAAGACGUCUACAAUUGUCUAGGUGAGGAGUUCCUGGACCACAACUUUGAGGGAUACCACACUUGCAUCUUCGCGUACGGACAGACUGGCUCUGGAAAGAGUUACACCAUGAUGGGUACGCCCGAACAGCCCGGCUUGAUUCCUCGGACUUGCGAGGACUUGUUUCAGCGCAUCGAGAAUGCCGAGUCGCCUGAUGUCAGUUACAACGUCCGUGUAUCUUAUUUUGAGGUCUACAACGAACACGUCCGUGAUCUGUUGGUCCCCCGAACAGAUCCUCCUCAUUAUCUCCGCAUUCGCGAGUCGCCCGCAGAGGGCCCGUAUGUCAAAGAUUUGACGGAGGUUACUGCCAGAAAUUUCACCGAGUUGAUGAAGUAUAUGCGGAAGGGCGAUGUGUCUCGCACUGUUGCGAGUACAAAAAUGAACGAUACCUCUUCCAGAUCGCACGCCGUCUUUACUAUUACUCUAAAACAGAUGCACCAUGAUCUUUCAACAGACGAAACGACCGAGCGUACAGCACGAAUUCGUCUGGUAGAUCUCGCCGGGUCCGAACGAGCCAAAUCCACCGAGGCCACGGGCCAACGACUCCGAGAGGGCUCUAAUAUCAACAAGUCGCUCACCACCCUGGGCCGGGUUAUUGCAGCCCUAGCCGAUCCCAAACACGGUCGCUCUGGGAAGCGCAAGGGGAAGGAUGUGGUCCCAUAUCGGGACUCAAUCCUGACGUGGCUGCUCAAGGAUAGUUUGGGGGGCAACUCGAAGACCGCCAUGAUUGCGUGCAUUUCCCCGUCGGACUAUGAGGAAACUCUUUCCACCCUGCGCUACGCAGACCAAGCCAAGCGCAUACGCACUCGUGCCAGGGUCAACCAGGAUCAUGUUUCUGCGGCGGAGCGUGACAAACAGAUCGCAGAAAUGGCGGAGACGAUUCGGGCCCUGCAGCUUAGCGUCAGUCUGGCUACUGCUAAUCGAAGAGAGACUGAGAUUCAGAAUGAACGACUCGAAGUCUAUCAGCAGAAGGUGGAGAAGAUGCAAAGGCUGAUGGAGGAGACAAAGAUGGUUAGCGAGUGCAAGAUUCGCCAACUGCAGACGGAAAACGAAGCGCUUCGCAACCAUCUGAAACUGGCAUUGGACAGUUUAAAGAAUCCAAUUCCUCCAGUCACCAUCGAGAAGCGCAGAAGCGGCUUGUUCUCCCUGGAAGAAGAAGACGGUAAUUCUACCGACGGGGAUAAAGAAAACCGCCCUGGAUCACCGAGUUCUGAUGUGGAACCGGAGCCCGACCUCAUCUGGGAAGAGGAUGAUACUAUACGGAUCGAGGCCAGUCAGAUCAAAGCACAGGAGAUGCAGGCGGACAUGGAAGACUUGCUGGUGGAUCUGGACGUCUUCAAACGCAAACUGGCUUCCGACCAUGACCGAUUCCGCUUCAUCCAGAAGCACGAGACUCGGAAGCGACGUCGCGCGCUAGAAGAGGUCCUAGCAAAUAAUCGCUAA